CUCUUCUGUGCUGCACCGCGGUAUAAAGCUUGUUGCUUUCACGAAUGUCGUCCAUCCAACGCACCAUGUCCUCUGAAUCUGUCUCUUCCGAACGAUAUGUCCCCGUCCACAGACGGAGCAGCUCAAGCUCAUCGUCGAGGUCCUCGAAUGGAUCUUAUAUCUACAGUCGUGAAGCCCUGCUUGCCCUGGCGCCUCCCUCACACACUCACGGCGCUGACUCUUCCGUAACAACGCCGGCAUCAACCCGCCCAUCGUCACCUCAUGAUAACGCCGCCCCACAUGAUAUCCAUCGAGGAUGGGCCAAGCUCAACGAAGCUAUGCGCGCCUAUCUUCGAGCUACAUGCCCCGAGAUUGCCAUGAACCGCAAGAUGCGCAAAUCUCUCGAAUUCCACGACUACCAGCACCAGCGUGCAACCCGUCAACAACAACGAGCUGAACAGAGGUCUCGCGAAGCCUCCAGACAGCGGUCGUCACGGUCAUCGUCACCAAGGCACUCGCAUGGCCAGUUCCUUGAGGUCCCUUCGACACCAUCCAAGCCCGCCUCCCCAUCUAAACGCCAGCCUCAAUCACCUUCUACGAACGAAUCCAUUAAGCGAUCGAGGUCACCCACUCCCCGACUAUCACAACCCAGCAACAGCAGAACGAGGCAAGCACAGUUUGCUCAGCUACACGCGAACGCUGCCGCCAUCGCCACCACCGCCAGCGAGGGCAACUGGAGAAUAAACCGACCUCCGGCCAUCGCUGUGGUAUAG